GCUAGCGGAGACAGACUUCAAAGACUUGUUACCGAGCAGAGACCGCGAGCAAUGGCACAGCAGGAGAAGAAGGCGCCGGAGCUGCAGCAGGACCCGGAGAUCCAGGACUCGGAGAACCGGACACAGCAGGUGAAGAAGGCGCCGGAGCUGCAGGACCCGGAGAUCCGGGCAGAGCUGGACCGCCGCGCCCGCGAGGAGGGCGAGACCGUCAUCAAGAGCGGCGCCGGCGGCAAGACCCUCGAGGCGCAGGAGCGCCUGGCGGAAGGGCGUAAGAAGGGCGGGCUGAGCCGUGCGACCGGCUCCGGCAACGAGCGCGCAGAGGGCGAGGGCGGGGUGGUGAUCGAGCCGGACGAGAAGAAGCUCAAGGAGGUCAAGAAGGAUCUCGGGCGCGAAUGAUCGAGCGAGGUAGACGAUGUACGGCCUCACAGGCCGGCCCUCCUAUAUAUAUAUAUAUAUAUAUCGUACGUGUGGAUGUACUGUAAGUUAGUACGUAGUGCUAUGGGUGUACGUGGUAGUAGGCUAGGUUGAAGGAUGCAGCUUACGUAGUAGCGUUGAUGCAUGCAUGUCUUCGUGCUCGCACGGACAUGGCGUACGUACGGCUGGCUACAAAAUUUUGGUCCCUGGAUUGUAGCCGCCGUAGCCCCUCUAUAUAUGUAGCUCGAUCGUAAUCCAUGUACCCUGGCUGCAAAAUUUUGGCAUGUAUGUACGUUCUGUAGCCAAUGAUCCCCGGAUAUAUGAGUUGAUAAAUAAAUAGUGGCCGUGUCUGCGAAAACUCCACACUAACUUCUAUUCAAUAAACGAUGUAUAGUAGUAUUUUUUU